AUGAAUUAUACAGAUAAAGUACCGUUUAAUCAUUUAGUCGAAACGCGUAAAAUACACGAAAUAUGCAAUAUAUCUACCGAGUCUUUAAUAAUUAGCAACUUAAAGCUCCCAUCAUCGUUUUCACACAAUCCUUACGGAAAAAUCGACAAAAAUUCUGUAAUAGAAUAUGCCAGCCAUUCUGAUUCAACUUUAUAUCAUCUUAAGAACGUAUACGUCUGUCAUUCUAUGUUAACUUCCGAUUCAAAUCAAAUUUUUAAAUUUGAUAAGCAUUACGAAACAAGCUGCAUAUUUUGCGGCGGCUUUGGUAAUGUUGUUGGUGCAUAUGACCACAUUAUCGCCGUAGGCAACGUAUUUUUCCAAUACGGCCACUUUUUUAUAGACGUUUUAGCUCCAUUAAUGUUAAUUCCCGAAAAUAUACGAGAGAAAGCAUACAUAGCCGUUCAGGGAAUCCCUAAAUACAAGAUAGAUAUACUAGUUCAUAUUGGUUUCCCUAGACAUCGAAUUGUCAGAGCAAUUGGAAGUGAAUGGCUUUACGGAAGGAACGAUUAUACACUUGCUCCACACCCUUACUUAAGUUAUGCAGGUGUAACGUUCGAAAGACUCGGAAAACUGAUCAGAAAGAGCUACAAAAUCGAAAAAAUUGUUCCAACAAAGUAUACUUUGUCAAAUAGAGGCAAGAAAGAAAAAGAUCAAUUUCAAACUUCGAUUUAG